AUGGCCAAGUCUUCCGAAGCAUCUAUCGGGCGUAUUCAUAAGGUCGCCGGUCCUUUGGUCGUGGCUGAUAACAUGUCCGGUUCUAAGAUGUACGAAGUGGUUCGUGUUGGUUGGGAGAAUCUUGUCGGAGAGAUUAUCAAGAUUGAGGGAGAUACUGCCUCAAUUCAGGUUUAUGAAGAUACUGCUGGUUUAACUGUUGGUGAUCCGGUUAUCAAGACUGGUAAACCUCUUGCUCUUGAGCUAGGACCUGGUAUUCUUAAUAACAUCUUUGAUGGUAUUCAACGUCCUCUAGAGCGUAUUCGUGAUUUAUCCAAAUCAUUGUUCAUUCCUCGUGGUGUCGAUGUUGCUGCUCUUGAUGGCGAUAAACUCUAUGAGUUUAAACCAGCUGCUAACGUACGUGUUGGUGAUAUCGUAACUGGUGGUGAUAUUAUUGGUUUUGUUAUUGAGAAUGGUUUAUUCAGUAACCAUAAGGUUAUGGUACCUCCUGGAAAUCAAGGACGUGUACAAUGGAUUGCCCCUAAUGGUAAUUACUCUGUUCAUACUUGUUUAAUGGAGAUUGAGUCCAACAGUAGCAGCCUUGGAGGAAGUGAUGUCGAUCUAUCUAUGGCACAUUCAUGGCCUGUAAGACAUGCUCGUCCAUGUGUUGAGAAGCUCCCUGGUAUUGCUCCUAUGCUUACUUGUCAACGUGUUAUUGAUGCUUUAUUCCCUACUACUCUUGGUGGUACUUGUGCUGUACCUGGUGCCUUUGGUUGUGGUAAGACAGUUAUUUCUCAAUCUUUGGCUAAAUAUUCCAAUAGUGAUGUUGUUGUUUAUGUUGGUUGUGGUGAACGUGGUAAUGAAAUGGCUGAAGUCUUAACUGAAUUCCCUCAACUUACUACUCUUAUUAAUGGUAAAGAGGAACAGAUUAUGCAACGUACUACCUUGGUUGCUAAUACCUCUAAUAUGCCUGUUGCUGCUCGUGAGGCAUCUUUCUAUACUGGUGUCACCACUGCUGAGUAUUUCCGUGAUAUGGGACUUAUGUUAGUAUGA